UCACACUCACUGACGCUGAGUGGCAUCUUCAGCACACACCAAGACGCCCUCGGACUGCUGCAGGCGAGGAUGAGGGUGUGGUCAUGGGAGCAGUUUGGGGAGACAGGUGUGGUCCUCCUCGGCUUCCUGACACUGGCCAUGUCUGUGGGAAACCUGUCCUCCAGAGGCCUGCAGGAGGAGGGCGCUGCGUCCAACAGCCUGGAGGACCAGCAGGAGGUCACCACCUACUGGUGGGGCGAGUGGGCCAAGUGGACGGCCUGCACCCGGACCUGCGGCGGGGGGGUGAUGUCCCAGGAGCGCCACUGCCUCAAACAGAGAAAGAAAGUUGCUGCUGGAAAGGACAACAUGACCUGCACAGGAACAUCCAAGAAAUACCAUCUGUGCAACACCGUAGACUGUCCCGCCUCUGGGAGGAGCUUCAGGGAGGAGCAGUGCUGGUCCUUUAACUCACAGCGUUACAGUGGGAGGAACUACCAGUGGAAACCUCUCUACCCGGAUGAUUAUGUUCAUAUCUCCAGCAACCCCUGUGACCUCCACUGCACCACGACCGACGGCCAGCGGCAGCUCAUGGUGACGGCGCGAGACGGCACUUCCUGCAAGUACAGCAGCUACCGCGGCGUGUGCGUGGACGGGACGUGUGAGCCGAUCGGAUGUGACGGGGUUCUGUUUUCCUCCAACACGCUGGAUAAGUGCGGCGUUUGCCAGGGAGACGGCAGCAGCUGCAGCAGAGUCACCGGAAACUUCCGGCGUGGAGCCACAACGCUGGGUUAUUCUUUCAUCACACAAAUCCCUGAAGGAUCCUGGGAUAUCCAGAUCAUAGAGAGGAAGAAAUCAGCCGAUGUUCUCGCUGUGACCGACCAGGCAGGAAACUUCUUCUUUAACGGCGCCUACAAGUUGGACAGUCCGCAGAACUUCCACGCCGCAGGAACCAUCUUUAAGUACCGGCGGCCCAUGGACGUUUACGAGACCGGGAUCGAGUACGUCGUCGCCAAAGGCCCCAUCGACCAGGCCAUCAAUAUCCUGGUGUGGAACCAGAACGGCCGGACGCCGUACAUCACCUACGAAUACACGGUCCUGCGGGACUCCCUGCCCCCCGUCCCGCCGCCGCCGGUCUACACCGGCUCGGAAACGUCCGCCGCCGAGGUGUCUGUGGAGGAGGACGGCCUGGCGUCGCCCAACGGCAGCGUCUACCAGCAGAAGGUUCCCGGGGGCCCGCUGGAGGCGGGCGGGGCCGACGGGCCGAAGGGCCAGGAGACCAACGAGGUGUUUGAGGAGACGACGGCCAUCGACUGCGACGAGGACGAAGCCGGGCUGCCGAAACUCACAGGGAACAGCAGCCAAACUCACGGCACCGCCAAGCCUCCCCCUGAUGAUGCCGCCCUGGACUCGGCACCGGACUCCACCAACCUGAUCUGGCGGGUUCUGCUGGACGGACGGAUGGGUCCGGACGAGCUGCUGAUCAACAUCUCCACCAACCAGCUGCUGACGGAGGGCGACGCCCUGUUCCCCCCCGAGGCGGGCCUGAGCGACCCGGAGCGGCCGGCCGGCCCGCUGGACCUCAACGACACGCUGGAGUUCGCUCUGGGCCACAAAGGCAACGACAGCGGGGACAACCAGAACCGCACGGCCCAGACCGGCGCCGGCCGCUCCAACAGAACCAGGGGGAAUCAGAGGUUCUUCCAGAAGAAUCUGAAGCUGAGCGCUGCAGACAUGUACCGCUGGAAACUUUCCUCCCAGGAGCCGUGCAGCAUGACCUGCUCCAUAGGUGUGUCCAAGUCCUUCGUCACGUGUGUUCGCUACGACGGGGUGGAGGUCCACGACAUGUACUGUGAUGCUCUGACGAGGCCAGAACCGGUCCACGACUUCUGCAUCGGCAGAGAGUGUCAGCCGAGGUGGGAGGCGAGCAGCUGGAAUAGUCUCAAACUGAGCUUCCAGUUUUGUAACUUCAGAGACCGCUGCUGGAAGAUGUUGUCUCCAGGGCUGGACAGCUCCGUCUACAGUGACCUCUGCACCAUGGCCGACCUGGAGAAAUUAUUUGCGCCUGCAGGAUCUAAAUCCUGCAUGUGGGAGGUGGCGGAGUGGGCGGAGUGUCCGGCUAAAUGCGGCCGUAAAGCUCAGGUGACGCGAGACGUCCGCUGCUCCGAUGAGACUCGACCCUGUGACCCCAUGACCCAGCCGCCAAACGUGAAGAACUGCACGGGGCCGCCCUGCGAGCGCCACUGGACCGUGUCGGAGUGGGGCCCUUGCUCCGGGUCGUGUGGCCACGGCCGGAUGGUCCGACAUGUUUACUGUAAGACCCCUGAGGGCCGCGUGGUUCCUGAACACCAGUGUUCCCUGGAGAACAAGCCUCUGGCCAUCCACCCCUGUGGAGAGAGGGACUGCGCUCCACACUGGCUGAGCCAGGACUGGGAGCGGUGCAACACGACCUGCGGCCGCGGAGUGAAGCGGCGGAUCGUCCUCUGCGCCGGCGUCAGCGGAGGAAAGUUCCAGAUGUUUGAUGAAGAGGCGUGUGGAGGCGGCGAGAAGCCAGAGGAUGAAGCUACGUGUUUCGAGAGGCCGUGCUUCAAAUGGUACACCACGCCCUGGUCCGAGUGCACAAAGACAUGCGGCGUUGGCGUGAGGAUGCGGGACGUGAAGUGCUACCAGGGCAGGGAGCUGGUCCGGGGCUGCGACCCGCUCACCAAGCCGGUAGCCAAGCAGACGUGCACAUUGCAGGCCUGCCCCACCGAGCCUCCAGAUGAGAGCUGUCAGGACCGACCCUCCACCAACUGUCUGCUGGCUCUGAAGGUGAACCUGUGCAGCCACUGGUACUACAGCAAGGCCUGCUGCCACUCCUGCCGAGCCGUUCGGCCAUGACGGACCGGGACGCCGCAACUGCAGCGUCGCUCCAGCGCUCUUCAUAAAAACACACAAACAUCUCCGCCGUUUCCCUCGUCUGGUCAAAUUUCUAUUGACCUGUUCAGCUUUUUAGUUAAAACCACCAGUGAUUAGCUUAGAUUGUUCUAAAUUAAAAAUGUAGAAUUUGGAGGGCCGUUUGUAAAGUUACAGUCAAAAAGGAACAGAAAUAAUUUGGGUUAUUUAGCCUGUAAUAAUAGAAAACAAUGGGGGUUAAUUUUACAGACAUAUUUUCAUCAGGUUUUUUCUUAAUUCAUAAAUGUCACAGAUUCAAGCUACAUAGUCAGCUAGCAAGCUAAAUACUUAAAUCCCAACUAAAUAUUUAGAUAUAUUUAGC